AUGGGAAAAGUACCGAGUCUCUGCGUUUCACGAGUGAAGCUACGUUUUGGCACCGAAUGUAGGACCCUUAUUCGCAACACAUGUGUGAUGAGAGUGUCUACGAUCCCUUCCCAACACGAUGCAUCAAGAUCGCCACAGGGCGCUACAGGGCGCUACAGUUCAAUAAUCAUUAUGAGACAAUCCUGUGCUUCAUCGCGCUGCCUCCGCGCUUGA